GUUCUUUCCUGCUGAGUAACGAGAAAACUAAGCUUUAGCUGUAUAUAAUGUUCCAAACUUAUUUUACUGACAUUACAAGAUUUCUAGUGAUAUAAGUUUCGUUGUACUCGGUUAGGUAUGAAAAGCCAUUUUAGCUUGGAGUGUCAAAUUGACGCUCCUAAGUCUGAUAAGGGUAACGAAACCUGGAGCGGGUUAAUGAAGAACAAAAAUAUUUCACUUCAUCAAACAAUUUUAACUUUGCUUGAAACGAAAAAUAAUGACUUAACUAACUCCUAUAUUACGUUUUUCCAAAAAAUAAUAUUGCAUCUAUGCCUUUUAAAGAACUCAAUAAAAAGCUGAAAUCCUACAAAAAUGUCAACAACCUGGAUGAUUCAAUGGAUCAAUGCAACUGCAAACAAAUGUCUUGCAUAUCAAGUUAUUGAGAUUUUUUUUUUUUAAAUUAGUAGAGACUGCUAUUUUAUGAUAAUUUACAAUCUAUUAUAGACAAAAAAUCGUAAAAUAAAUUUAAUGUGAGAUCUUCGCGAACCGCACAAACAUGUCUCGAGGGCCGCGUGUUGCUCAUUCCUGGUAUUAUGGUGCUGUUUGACAAAAUUCAGGCUGUUUACUCAACCCCAGCCGAGGUGGAGGUGGUUUUUUGAUUUUGCUGUUUUCACCAGCAAUCGUUUGUGUUCGCGCUAAAUAUGGGCGAGCAUGUAGAAUCAAACAAUCGUCCUGGAAUCAUCGAGUUUGCACAAGCUAUUUGUGUAGUCUAUGGCCCGCUUUAUCUAUAUUUCCAAAACUGGCAGCUUUCCAGUCUUCCUUUUUUUUGAAUCCGCGGGCGGGCAUUGUCCUUUUUUUGUACCUGAUGCACGUAACGUCUGAUUGAGACGCUUAUUUUAGCCUUUUCAAAUUCCUUCGGGAUGAAUAGUUUUUGCUUUCCUGGUUCAGUUUCUGUACCCAAGUGCCCGAGCAGGCGCAUUUCAUAUAAGCAUUUUAUUUUCUUUUGCCCCAUCGGGUGUGGUGGUUGUGCAUGGUGGAAAAGUUAUUUUCAGUUGUGUAAAGCGCGUAUUUCUGAAUUAAAAUCCAUAAGUUUGUGUUGCAAUAAGAUAGUGGAACAUCGAUUGUGUAAAGUUCGAUAAAUUGUGGAGCAAAGCUCCACUAAAUUCUGUUAAUUUUACCAAUAUCGUCUCGUUACGAAUCUCGACAAGCUUCGCUCCGACAGAUAUGCAAAAGGAAUCACGUUUAACACAUACAAAAAAGACCUGUAAUCGUUUCCAUUGGCGUCAAUAGGUUCCUCAAAAAAAGAUAAUAAAAGCCAAAGCUACGUUACAUCUCACCUUGGAGAAACCGUUUCGACAAUGGAGGAAAAUAUUAUUAGCAUGUUUAUGGACGUGAAACUGGAUAUACGAGAACGGAAGCUGGAGUUCUCUCACCUCAAGUCGUGGACGCGGUACUUCGUGCGAGUGGAAGCAGUAAAAUGUUUUCCCUGCUACAUUAAAAUCUCGUUCUUCAAAUCCCAAACCGACGAAAGCACCGAUCUGAUCGUGCGCAUCAAUAUACCGGGAUUAACCGUCCAAAUGGCCACGUCACGCACGCGGGCCCAUUCUUACGGACUCUUUUGGAAGAACAAUCGCAAACGGUGUUGUGCUUACUUUGCGCUGCCAUGUCAGUUGCUGUGCGAGAGACACCUUCGUUGGAUGAAGAAAUCCAUUCGAAAUCUGGAGCUGUAUCGUCAGGAGAUUUUGCAACUUCGACGAGCUAGUAGAACACCGAUGCACGAAAUACGGCAAGAUAUGAAACCGGAACCGGUCGCCAAUGAAUUGGGAAUUUAUCAAAAUUUAGACUUUACCCAAAACAUGGCAGAUGUCCGAGAUAUAUUGGGCCCAUUGCCUAAUGUACCGGAUCAGAGCGGAUUUUUAUCGGAGCAUUCAAGAAGGAUUUCGACUGCUUCGGGGAUUUAUGAGGAAAUCUUUGAUCGGGGAUCACCGAUGCUUACUACUAGUGGUCCACGAAUGUCCGUUGCGUCCGGUAUUUACGAAGAAAUGAAACUUCCCGAUAUCAAAGAAGGUAUUGAAAGAAAUUUCGAAAAUCAGACCGAUGGACAGGAUGAGGCUCCUCCGCUACCACCACGACCCAGAUCACAUACCAAUGAGUUUGAGUUGCAGCGUUCCUUUACGAACCCCGAAUCGGAUUUAUUGAAGAAGAAAAAGCACUGGCAACUGUUCGAGUCCGUUUUCGGGCGCCGACGGACCAACAGUGGCUCAUCGAGUCUCCCAGGAGGCAGUACAAAUGAUACCAAAUCCCCGCCUAAAAAACAUCUUACGGGAAAAGAACCCAAGGUUCGAGAAAAAGUGAUCUACCGCGAUAAGGUUAGACAGUUGCGACUAGUUGAAAACAAACGGAAUAGUUUUUCCAGUCCGGACCUCAGUGUUCUGCGCUUAGAAGAAGGAACGGGUUCAGCAGGGGACAAUAUCUCUGAUGAAGGCUCGUGUAGCUCGGAGUUUUACAUACAACGUGGAACCAAUUAUACUGAGGAUUGCUUCACAUCUUCAGAGUUUUUGAACGUGUCACAUUGCUCAUCUAUAGAAGAAUCUCUGGCAAAUCUGCUGCUAACGGCGGAAAAUGAUGAAAGCAAAUGGGGCCAAGCAAUGAACGUAUCGGAGCAGAUUUUGCCCAACUUCAACAUUUCCCAUAAUACAUCAACAGUGAAUCUGGUAGGCCCUAGUUGCAAAAUGAUCAGACCUGCCGCAGCGCUGCCUUCUGUACCAUCAAAUCCCGGAGGUUACUGUGAGAUGGGUGCACCGGGGACAGGAUUCAAUAAAGCAAAGAUUGAAGGAACUGAAAUACGCAAUAAAAGCGAUGUAGUGGAAGAAUAUGUACCUAAAGAAGAUUCCAUUUACAUGAACAUGAAUGGUAAAGAAUUCGUAAAGGAUGAAACUAGUCGUUCUAGCUCCACGAGUAGUGGUGUAAGUAGUAUAUACAGUAAUCGAAGUAGUGUGAGCAGCAACAAUAACGGCAAGCAGCGGAAUUCAGUAGACGAUAAAAUUCCUUCCUACUAUCCUAACGAAGAUUUCCGAACGCCGAAAAAGCCUGACACAAAUGUACCGGUACAAGUAAAUACAAAAGAACGCAGUGGGAAAAAAUCUUCACAAAAACGAACGGAAAAUCAUUAUGUGUCCUCCCCACGUCGGAAAGGUACGCCUCAACAUAUAACGACGCUGCCUCGCUUAAGCAAGUCAGCUCAGAAACCCUCCGCUAGCAAGACCAAAACCAGCGCUCGUAGUAUAAGCUCUGAAAGACGCGAUUCAUCAUCCCACACAGUAGUGGCCGUAACUGUGAGUGACGCAUCGCCGGCAAAAAACAGCGAAAACGAUCCACCCAUACCCACCUUCUAUCAAAAGUACGCAACAAUAGCGCGCAGCAUUUCUCCAUCCACCGGCAAAUAUCUGGAAAAGAACUCUGCCAAAAAAGGUGAACAACCGGCACUGGGAGGUAGUAAACGAUUCGGUUCGCUGCCUCGUUUCGCCAAAAUAGACUUAUCACCGUUGAGGCUGAAAAUCAAUAGCGUGCUGCAACGCCACAAUCCGGAGAAUAAUUGAAUGCUCGCAAGGCGUCUAAUGCCUAAAAGGUCGCAUUAUCUAGGACUUUAAUUUAGCCCAACUGAAGAAUGCUUCUGUUUGACAGACUGCUACAAUGUUAUGUGUCCACAUAAAAUGUAUCUUAUCAUCGCACACGCCAGUUAAGCUUAGCUAGUUUAAAAUUCUAUUUUAUGGUGUUUUAGCUUUCAAAUUUACCAUCGAUAUGUAACUAGUUAUUUCUCAAAAGCCAAUCAAAAUUGUUAGAACUCGUUUUAGUUUAGCCCUAAAAAGUUUUUCGGAUCAAUGACCAGCUUCGCACAAAACGUUGCCUUGAAUGCAAAAAAAAAACAAAGCUUUGCCAAUAAAAUCUACACUAUACGAUCAUUUUUAUUACGCUUUUAGACGUGAAUGCACGCACCGUGUGCUUCGUUAAAUUAGCACACUCGCUCAAUGCAGUUACGAGAAAAAAAGGAAAAUCGUUAACUUACAUUCUGUGAUCAUUCUACAGAACCUAAAAUGUACAACUUAUAACAAUUCUCACGCGCACACAGAACCACCUUAAUUAGUGAACAUAACUCAGUUAGCAAUAGCGUUCAUCUCAAAUUGAAUAUUUGCGAAACUAAACUCUAUUAGAUCCUGGACACAGCACAACGAAUCUCAGAUUGUUCAUAUUAAAUUUUAACUGCUAGAAAAAAAAAGAGUUUAGAUUAUGAGAGCGAAAUAAUAUUGAAAAAAAAAAACAAAUAUGUAGCGAAUUUAUGUGCAUAUCAUUUGAUGCUUGUUCGCGCGCAUCAAAAGGAACGAUUGCUGAUGCUUUUUAUCAGUGAUUUUUAAACACAUGGCCAUUAUUGUGAUUCAAAAGAAGUUCAAUACUGUAUGAAAAGAGAAAAAUAUCAAUCGAAAUAUACAAGA